UGACACAUACAGCAUGGCAAAAUAAGUGCAGAUCCUAAGGAAACUGUGAAGUUCACGUGUAUCAGGAUUGUUUGACUUUAUUUUGUAAUAGGUGUAUAGUGGCAAGUAGCAAUAUGAAGGAACAAUUCAGGGAGACGGAUGUGGCCAAAAAGAUAAGCCACAUCUGUUUCGGGGUGAAGUCUGCAGAGCAGAUGCGACAACAGGCUCACAUUCAGGUGGUGAGCAAGAGUUUGUACAGCCAAGACAAUAACCAUUCACCCCUUCCAUUUGGCGUUCUAGAUCACCGCAUGGGAACAAGUGAAAAGGACCGACCCUGUCUAACAUGUGGGAAGAACCUGGCAGAUUGCCUAGGGCACUAUGGAUAUCUAGACCUUGAAUUACCUUGCUUCCAUGUUGGGUAUUUCAAAGCUGUGAUUGGCAUAUUACAGAUGAUAUGCAAGACAUGCUCUCAUAUCAUGCUGACUGUAGAAGAGCGGAAACAGUUCCUUGACAACUUGAAGAGACCUGGUCUUACUUACCUUCAGAAAAGAGGUCUGAAGAAGAAAAUUUCUGAAAAAUGCCGUAAAAAAACAAUUUGUCUAUUCUGCGGGACUUUCAAUGGUUCAGUGAAGAAGUGUGGCUUGCUAAAGAUCAUUCAUGAGAAGUACAAGAGCACAAAAAAGGUGGUGGAUUCAGUCGUUUCUCACUUUCUGCAGUCGUUUGAGACUGCCAUAGAGCAUAACAAAGAAGUGGAGCCUCUACUUGCACGGGCACAGGAGAACCUGAACCCACUCGUAGUGCUUAACAUACUGAGACGUAUUCCUGCUGAAGAUGUUCCAUUACUGCUCAUGAAUCCAGACGCAGCCAGGCCCUGUGACCUGAUCCUGACUCGACUUCUGGUUCCCCCACUUUGCAUUCGCCCAUCUGUUGUGAGUGACCUCAAAUCUGGCACCAAUGAAGAUGACCUCACCAUGAAACUGACAGAGAUCAUAUUUUUAAAUGAUGUAAUUAAGAAGCACAGGAUGACGGGUGCCAAGACCCAAAUGAUUAUGGAGGAUUGGGAUUUUCUGCAGCUGCAGUGUGCUUUGUACAUCAACAGCGAACUCUCAGGAAUCCCUAUGAAUAUGGCUCCCAAGAAAUGGACGCGUGGGUUUGUCCAGAGAUUGAAGGGAAAGCAAGGUCGAUUCAGAGGAAAUCUCUCUGGUAAGAGAGUAGAUUUCUCUGGACGUACUGUGAUUUCUCCUGACCCAAAUCUCCGAAUUGACGAAGUUGCUGUUCCUGUCCAUGUAGCUAAAAUAUUGACCUUUCCCGAAAAGGUAAACAAGGCAAAUAUCCACUUUAUGCGGAAAUUAGUGCAGAGUGGGCCAGAUGUUCAUCCGGGAGCCAACUUCAUUCAGCAGAGACACACCCAGAUGAAGAGAUUCUUGAAGUAUGGAAAUCGUGAGAAGAUUGCUCAGGAACUGAGGUUCGGAGACAUUGUGGAGAGGCACCUUAUAGAUGGAGAUAUAGUUCUCUUUAACAGACAGCCUUCUCUGCACAAGCUCAGCAUCAUGGCUCAUAUUGCCCGUGUUAAACCACACAGGACAUUCCGCUUCAAUGAAUGUGUCUGUACCCCUUACAAUGCUGAUUUUGAUGGAGAUGAAAUGAAUUUACAUCUGCCCCAGACAGAGGAAGCCAAGGCCGAAGCCUACGUGUUAAUGGGAACUAAAGCCAACCUUGUAACACCAAGAAAUGGAGAACCUCUGAUAGCAGCCAUCCAGGAUUUUCUCACAGCUGCCUACCUCAUCACAUCAAAGGACACAUUUUUUGACCGCUCAAAGACCUGUCAAAUCAUUGCUUCUAUUCUGGUGGGGAAAGAUGAGAAGAUUAAAGUUCGACUCCCUCCUCCUACCAUUCUCAAGCCUGUGACACUGUGGACGGGGAAGCAGAUUUUUGGUCUUAUCCUUCAACCCAGCCUUGAUAAUCCUGUCCGUGCCAAUUUACGGACUAAAGGCAAGCAGUAUUGCGGAAAAGGAGAGGAUCUUUGUUACAAUGAUUCAUACGUGAAUAUUCAUAACAGUGAACUGAUGUGUGGCACCAUGGACAAGGGAACGCUGGGAUCUGGCUCCAAGAACAACAUAUUCUACAUCCUUCUGCGAGACUGGGGGCAGAUGGAAGCUGCCAAUUCAAUGUCACGCUUGGCAAGACUGGCACCAGUUUACCUUUCCAACCGUGGUUUUUCUAUUGGUAUUGGGGAUGUCACACCAGGACAGGGGCUGUUGAAGGCCAAACAGGAUCUUCUAGAUGCUGGAUAUAAGAAAUGUGAUGAAUAUAUAGAGGCUCUAAACACAGGCAAAUUGCAACAGCAACCUGGGUGCAGUGCGGAGGAAACUUUGGAGGCCCUGAUCUUGAGAGAGUUAUCAGUAAUCAGAGACCAUGCUGGUAGCGCCUGUCUAAGGGAACUGGAUAAGAGCAACAGCCCACUCAUCAUGGCCCUCUGUGGCUCCAAAGGUUCCUUCAUUAACAUAUCCCAGAUGAUUGCUUGUGUUGGCCAGCAGGCCAUCAGUGGCUUUCGUGUCCCUGAUGGCUUUGAGAACCGAUCCCUCCCACACUUUGAGAAACAUUCAAAGCUUCCAGCAGCCAAAGGUUUUGUGGCCAACAGUUUCUAUUCAGGUUUGACUCCUACCGAAUUCUUUUUUCACACCAUGGCUGGACGAGAGGGUCUGGUGGACACUGCUGUCAAGACAGCAGAAACUGGAUACAUGCAGAGGCGUCUGGUGAAAUCUCUUGAAGACCUUUGCUCCCAGUAUGACCUCACUGUCCGGAGUUCCACUGGUGAUGUCAUCCAGUUUAUCUAUGGGGGAGAUGGGCUUGACCCUGCUGCCAUGGAAGGAAAAGAUGAACCUUUGGAGUUUAAACGUGUCCUUGAGAAUGUUAAAGCUGUGUACCCCUGUUCAGAUGAACCAGCACUUAGUAGAAAUGAGCUUGUUCUCACCACGGAGUCCAUAAUGAAGAAGUCAGAGUUCCUCUGCUGUCAGGAUGCCUACCUUCAGUCGUUCACUGAUACAGGGUACAGAAGAUACUACGAGGAAAUUAGGAAAUUUGUGAAGGGAGUUUCCGAACAAAUUAAGAAGACCCGUGAUAAAUACGGUAUCAAUGAUAACGGCACCACAGAGCCACGAGUCUUGUACCAGCUGGAUCGAAUCACCCCUACACAGCUUGAAAAGUUUUUGGAGACUUGUCGAGAUAAGUACAUGAGAGCACAGAUGGAGCCGGGCUCAGCAGUGGGUGCCCUAUGCGCACAAAGUAUUGGAGAGCCAGGCACACAGAUGACUCUAAAAACUUUUCACUUUGCUGGAGUUGCUUCCAUGAACAUCACCUUAGGAGUUCCUCGCAUUAAGGAGAUCAUAAAUGCUUCAAAGAAUAUCAGCACGCCAAUCAUUACAGCCCACCUGGAUGUUGAUGACGAUUCUGACUUUGCCCGUCUUGUGAAAGGCCGCAUCGAGAAGACAUUGUUGGGGGAGAUAUCAGAAUACAUCGAAGAAGUAUUUCUUCCUGAUGACUGCUUUCUGCUGGUGAAGCUUUCUCUAGAACGCAUAAGGUUGUUGAGGCUGGAGGUUAAUGCUGAGACUGUCAGAUACUCCAUAUGCAUGUCCAAGUUGCGUGUGAAACCUGGGGAUAUUGCCGUGCAUGGGGAGGCUGUAGUGUGUGUUACCCCACGAGAAAACAACAAGAGCUCGAUGUACUAUGUCUUGCAGACCUUGAAAGAGGAACUCCCAAAGGUGGUGGUGCAGGGGAUCCCUGAAGUUUCACGUGCUGUAAUACACAUCGAUGAGCAAAGUGGCAAGGAAAAAUACAAGCUGUUGGUAGAAGGGGACAACCUUCGCUCUGUUAUGGCAACUCAUGGAGUUAAAGGUUCCCAUACAACGUCCAACAACACCUAUGAGGUGGAAAAGACAUUGGGGAUUGAAGCUUCCCGCUCCACCAUUAUCAAUGAAAUACAGUACACAAUGGUGAACCACGGUAUGAGUAUUGAUCGACGCCAUGUUAUGCUUUUGGGAGACCUGAUGACUUACAAGGGUGAAGUCCUGGGCAUCACUCGCUUUGGCUUGGCAAAGAUGAAGGAAAGCGUCUUGAUGUUGGCUUCCUUUGAGAAGACCGCUGAUCAUCUUUUUGAUGCGGCCUAUUUUGGACAGAAGGAUUCUGUGUGCGGGGUCUCAGAAUGCAUCAUAAUGGGUAUCCCAAUGAACAUUGGAACUGGCCUCUUCAAACUUCUCCAUAGAGCAGACAAGGACCCCAAUCCUCCCAAAAGACCUCUUAUCUUUGACCAUAAGGAUUUUCACAUCCCUGUCAUCAGCACGUAGCUGGUCAAUCGUGAUCGAAGACCAACAUUUGUCCCUGGUGUUCUUGGGAGACUAUGGUUACUAAGGGUGACAUUUUCAUUUGAGCCCCUUUUAAUGCCAGGAAACCUGUGAUGCAUGACGUGAUGGUGAAAUGAAAAACUAUAUUCUAUGUAGUUGUGUUGUAAAUAUAUUGUAUUGUAUUUCUACGCUUCAAACAAAACUGUGGUUGUUGAUGAGAAGCUGCAGAGCACAUAUCUUGUCCCAUAACUUUAGUUGCACUCUCCGGAUCUUGAAUACGCCGUUUCACACUUGUGACGUUAUGGAGUUGGAGGGAACUGACUGAACACUGGUUGUUGGAACAAAUCAAUUCGUCUGAAACUAUAAUUAUAUAUUUGUUUACACUACUGUGUGUUAAAAUAUAAAUGGCACACUGUAACCUAAACAUACAUAAAACUGUGUUGUAACAGGUCUUUCUAUUUAGACCAUGCCUAACAGUGUGUUUAUACAGGACACAACACAUCCGUGCGCUUUCGCCCUCUUUAUAGGCAUUUUAUUAUCUAAACUGUACAAAGUGAUGGCUGGGUUGGUGAGAUAAUCUUCAAUGUUCGUUUCGUAUUUUUAAGAACUGUAAAAGUAGCCUUUGUUGGAAGCACUUGAGUAGUAGCUAGCUUGUUAAAUGCACCUUGUUUAAAAGGCAGAGAAAGAGUUUUAGCCCUCAUUGAAGGAUUGCGUGUCUUGCCUUCUAUACUUAAAACUGGGGGUAGCUCUGUUACUACCUGCAGUAACUGAGUUAAACAUUCCAUUUUAGAUUACACUAGUUAAAAACCACAUUGUUAUGAUAGCUUAGACCAUCGUUGGUUCUUAAACAGAUAACCUUGGCAGAAUAAAUUACCCAGUGAUGCUGCAACAAUAUUUACAGGCCCUGUGGGUUUCCAAAGAUGAUGUGUGAUGGAGUGUGUGUGCACUGAAUGGCCUCCCACCCAGAAAAGUAGUACAUUUGCCACCUACGUGAUUCUAAAUAAUUUAUGUAAACCGACCUGUCCACUAAUGACUGGUGCUUCAAAGAUCAUCCCUAUGUUCUGCACUGCCUUAUCAUUGCACUAGAGAACUGAAGUUAUUAACCCUUGUACAGCAGAUCGGAACAGAGUUUCAAACCAUUCAUGGAGAGAAUGGCAUGUAAGCUUGAUUAAGGUGUAAAUCAUUUGACUUUCUUAUAUCACCUGAAUGUUUUCAGUUUGCCUUGUAGUGUAGGACUUAUUUCAUUCUCCUCCUAGGUCACAGGGCUGUGCCUUGGUUAGACAGCUAAUAGAAAUGACAGAUUACUUUGGAAGGAAAGUUCUUUAUUUAAUUUGGUUUGGGAUGUGCAAAGUUAACUUAUGUUACUGUAAAUAAAAAGUAAGAUAAAAAU